GCGGGAAAGCAUGGAGGUGGUGAGGGGUGGAGGCGUGAAGUUUGCAACGAAGAAGUGGAGGCGUGGACUAGCGUGCGUGCGCUUUCGAAACCGUCGGCAACUUCUGCCGUGCACCGUCGGUCGGUGCCGUCAUAUCGCUACGUGCUGUCUUGCUGCAACUCGACAAACCGAUCAGCGCACCAAUCGCAUCGGGCUGACCUUACUGCUGGUGUUUGUCAGAGUGACCUGACGCGAUGGGGAUAAACUGUGUGAAGGCUACAGUGAAUUAUUUCUUUGAAUACGACACUCUGAAAGUUGUCCACAUUGGAAACAAGAAGAUCGGCGCACUCAACAGGCUCAUUCAGCUCUUUAUUUUGGGCUACAUAAUUGGGUACGUCAUCGUCUAUCAAAAGGGAUACCAGCAGUUCAGCACUUUCACAUCAGCUACGACAACAAAAGUCAAGGGUGUUCUCUCCACACAAAACAUUUCUGAUGAUGCCUUUUACCCAUUCCUUGAGAACAAGUCUGUCUACAAACGUGUCUGGGAUAUAGCAGACAUUGUUGUCCCACCAGAGGAGAGCAACCAGUUUUUUGUGACAACAAACUUGAUUAUAACACCUAGCCAAGAAAUCAAGACUUGCCCAGAGGAUCCAGAAGUUAAAGAUGCCCACUGCAAAUCUGAGAAUGAUACCACAUCCUGUACACCAGGAAAGCCACUCUUAAUUGGAAAUGGUGUCAUGACAGGACGUUGCGUAAAGGCCGCCAAGCCAAAUGAUACACUGCACGUGUGCGAAAUUUCAGGCUGGUGCCCUGUAGAACAAGACUUUGGGCCCUUGAGGGAUGGCUCAGCACUGCUGUCUGGUGUUCGAAACUUCACGGUGCUCAUCAAGAACUACAUUGAAUUUUCUCUUUUCCACGUUAGAAGGAGCAAUGUCCGCGAUGUUGAAAAUUCGACAUAUCUCAAAUACUGCCGGUAUCAUCCUGAAAAGGAUGCCCACUGCCCGGUGUUUCGCAUUGAUGACAUGGUAGAUGCUGCAGGUGAAGAUUUUGAUGAUAUUGCUACUAAGGGUGGUGUAAUACAGGUGCUUGUAUCAUGGGAUUGCAACCUGGACUUCGAUGUCAAGUACUGUGUGCCCAGCUAUUCUUUUCUUCGUCUCGAUGACCCCAAGGCAGCCCUAGCCAAGGGUUGGAACUUCAGGUACCCCAAGUACUACAACGAGAAGGAACGCAGCCUUGUGAAGGCGUAUGGCAUCACCUUCGUAAUCCUAGUUCAAGGCAGGGCUGGCAAGACCAGCCCCAUUCCUAUUGCCAUCAACAUAGGAUCUGGCCUUGGAUUAAUGGUUGUGGCCACUGUGCUGUGUGAUCUUGUUGUACUUAACUGCCUAAAGCGUCGGGAUUUGUACAAGUCAAAGAAGUACAAGUUUGUUACAAGUGAGGAGAACUAUAACGGAUUCACAAACCAGUCAUUCUCCUAGCUCAUUCAAACAUAUGUGUCGAAAGAAUGCUGAGGCAAUUAGAAGAAAUUUUUGUGUUUGUGUAAUGAUAAAAUCAAGUGCCUCUGCUAUGUCACAUUUUUGCAGUGGGACCAUUGUUAAUCUGCCGUGGCUUGUUUGUUCAUCAUUGUAAACGGGCAUUACCUUAUUUUCUGUAUUUGUACCAUAUAUAAGAUCUUUAAUAUGCUUCAGUAGUGCUCUCUAAGCAUCGUAUUUUCAUCUGACAAAUAUGAUGAUGAAGUUUAUUCGCUAGCAGUAGCGCACCCAGGACUUCUGCCGGGGGGGGGGGGGGGGGGGGGACAGUUUGCCUUAGCUUGCCAGUACCAUCUAAACAGCACUAAUUUCAAUUUCUUCACGGGAAAUUGUCAAAAAGUGCGUUUUUGCGCAAGUUUGUGAGUCUGCAGAUGAUUGCGCGUCUUACAUCUUAGCUGCAGUACUCAAAGACGCAAGGAAAGAAAAGGGGUUAUACAAAAGGGGGGGUUAACUCGGCCUCAGGGGGGGGGGGUAAGCCCCCCCCCCCCCGUCGGUGCGCCACUGUUCGCUAGGUUUCUUUAAAAGUAAGUUAAGUAUAUUUCUUUAGCUGACUUCAUCAACAAUAUGAACUUCUUAUUGUGCAGUAAUAAAAAAAAUAACAAGCUAAACAACUGUUUUGGAUUUAUGCUUACUAUAGCCUAUAUAUUUAUUAAAGGGACAGUAAUGAGGAAUAUCAUUCAUAUUCAUAGGAUGAGCUUCUGCAGUAACAAAAUGGCUACUUUUUCCUUGAAAGGAGGCAUGAUAAGCCAGAAAAGACACAACUGUGAAAGACUGCUAGCAAUGCCGCACUGAAGCUUUUGAAUUUUAUGCAUAAGGCUUAGCAAAACAUGUUUACUUGCCAUUUAGUUCUGAGAACUUGUUUAAUGAGCUUCCCCUUUUCCUUCUUUUUUUUUUCUGUGGUUGUGUUUUUGUCUUUACGUCCCAAUGUUAGCAAAAGACAGUGGCAUGCUUGGGAACCGAAAGCUUUUAUCUGAGGUCAUGAUGCAAUUCCAUGGAGCGUGCUCAACUGCAUGAAACUACACGGAUCUCAACUGUGAUGACAGACCCAUGACAAGAGCUGAGAGAUUUACCAGCUGUUAAAGUGCAGACGAGAUUUUGACCUUUUUCUACCAAACUCAUUUGUUUUGUAUGUGUCCAACAUCAGCUGUGUUUGCAAUUUCAUAUGGUGACUUUUACCAUGUCUGUCAUUUUGCAUUCUAGUCGAAAUGCACUGUAAUGCGUGGAAGCUUCUGAUUAUUUUUAUAUGUCCUGGUCCAACUUACUUUUGUAAUAAAUUUUACGUCAAUUGUA